AUGGAGAAAUCCAGGAACUUCCACAUCGAGGCUCUGCUGGCAGAGCGCGCGCCGCGUGAAGCUCCGCCCUCAAGUGCUGGUCCGGGUCUGAUGGUGCGCGCGGGUCUGCUCCCCGUGCCGGCCCCCGGUGUGUACGCAUGCGCGCCGCUGUUCCCCACAGUGCCCACGAUUCACUACAGCGGAAUCCCGCACAUCAGCCCCGCGUGCGAGCCGUGGAUCCGCGCGAGCCUGCUGCUGCCCAGACUCCACCCACUCACCGCAUCUCCUCAGUCAGGGUUGAUGGGAAAAUGUCGGAGGCCGCGCACAGCGUUCACCAGCCAGCAGCUGCUUGAGCUCGAGAACCAGUUUAAACUCAACAAAUAUCUCUCACGGCCCAAACGCUUUGAAGUUGCCACAUCGCUCAUGCUAACAGAAACGCAGGUGAAGAUCUGGUUUCAAAACCGCAGGAUGAAGUGGAAACGAAGUCGUAAAACCAAGGAACAAGUGGAAACAGCUAGUGAGCGCAAAUUGACUAAUGAGAAUCCAGCACUGGAACCUCAAGAGGCAGAGCUUGGGAAGCGGAAUAUAGAGCAGGACGAAGAGGUGGACGAUGAAAACGAUUUCAACACAGACAUGCAACAUUCGGACUUCUCCGAUGAUGACAUGGACGAAAUGAGUGUCGGGAACAGGAAGAUGGGGGUGGGGUUCUAA